AUGCCAGAGGAUCUUAUUGCCGACGCCAUUUUACUUGGGCUGCUGGUCUUUUCUGGUAUUCUGGGAAACAUCUUGGUCAUCCACGUGGUGGUCCAGUCUGCCUUAGAGAGCCCUUCUCGAAGACUCCCACCCUCUGACACCAUUUUAGCCCACCUGUCUCUGGCCAACCUGCUGACCUCACUUUUCCGCACGGUGCCGAUUUUCGUGUCGGACCUGGGCCUGGAUCUGUCUCUGUCUACGGAAUGGUGCCGGGUCUUCAUGCUGCUGUGGAUGUGGUGGCGAGCCGUAGGCUGUUGGAUGACUCUAACGCUCAGCGUCUUCCACCUCACCACCUUGAGGCGGCAGCAUGUCAACUUUGGCCCUCUGGCGCUGCAGAGGGAGAGGCGGCGGGUGUGGAUUGCGAUGGGAUUGGUUUGGGGAGCAAACCUGGUCUUUUCCACGCCUGCGUUGGUGUACAGCUCUCACGUUCACGGCAACGCCACCGUGGAGCUGAUGGUGAUAAGCUGCACCCCUCGGCCUCUGUUAGGCUGCGUCUGGAAGUUCCCUUCUGCCCAGCAGGGCUCGGCCUUCGCCUCCACUUCGCUCGCUCUCAAUGAGAUCCUGCCUCUGAUGCUGAUGGUUUUCUCUAACUUGAGCACUCUUCAGACUCUGAUCAAGCACAUCCGAGCUGUGACCUCGGGGCCAGGGUUAGGAGGAAGUCACGGAGAGCUGGACAAACACGUGUCCACUGAGCGCAAGGCAGCGCACGUGAUCAUGGCGCUGGUGAUGCUGUUUGUGGUCUGCUGGGUCCUGCAGGUUGCUGCAGUGACUUACUACAACUACGACGGGGGGCGCCACGCCAAAGCGCUGCUGACCGUGGCCCAUUUCUCUGCUUCUUUGUUUGUAGGCUUCAGUCCCCUGGUGGUGGCUCUGGGACAUGGGAAGCUGAGGAGGAAAAUCAAGAGUAUGAUUCUGGUGUGCAUGAAAGUUUUGAAAUGUUACACCGAGGAGACCGGAGACGGGGGCAAAUCCACAAAGACUGAGGAUAAACCAACGGUUUCUGUUGUCAGCAACGAGGUGAAGGUUAUAACGCUUAAAUCAAACAGCUGA